GUGAUUCUACCUUCUCGCACGCUGCUGCUCCAUCUUCACUCCAUUUUCCUUUCACCAUGGUCAACUUAGACGUCGUCCGCGCGUCGAACACUUCCCUGGUUCAGAGCCAGCCUUUGGUGGCUGUGUUCUUUGGUGGCACAGGCGGUAUAGGACAAUUCACACUUCGCGCUUUGGCCGCGGCCGAGGCAAAGGGAGGUAAAGGGUUGCGGGCAUACGUUGUGGGGAGAAAUGCCAAAGCCGCUGAAGGCAUCCUCGCCGACUGUCGUGGCGCCUGCCCGCAGGGUCAGUUCAAGUUCCUCAAGGCCGACGACCUCUCGUUGAUCAGCGACGUCGACCGCCUUUGCGCAGAGAUCGUUCAGUUGGAGGAAAAGGAGAGCCAAGAUCCGAGGAUUGACUACCUGAUGGUAUCUCAAGGCGGGAUGCCCUUUCUUCCGCGGAAAGAUACGAAAGAGGGGAUCGAUGUGACGAUGUCGCUCAUGUACUACUCUCGCAUGAGGAUUAUUACCAAGUUGCUCCCCCUGCUUCUCAGUUCCCAGCUUCCCGCGACCGUCGUCUCGGUCUACGCGGCAGGCAUGGAAGGCAAGUUGUAUCCGGACGACCUGUCCCUUCGCGAUUUGAGCCGAUACAGCUAUUCGUUGGCCCGAUCCCACAUGUGUUACAUGCACGCCCUCUUCAUGGAGACCUUGGCCCAACGACACCCGAGAAAGCUCGCUCUGAUCCACAUUUUCCCGGGCCUCGUUAUAGGACCAGGCUACCACAGCACGGAGUUGCCGCUCUGGUUCAGAAUAAUCGUCCACUGGUUCGUCUUGCCGUUCUUCGGGCGGUUCCUGACCGUGCCAACGGGUGAGUGUGGGGAGAGAAUGCUGUCCCUUGCGUCGUCGGAUCGAUAUCCUCCACGACCGGUGGAUGGCUCCCAGAGAAGGGAGGGCGCCGUCACAGGAACAGACGGGGCGCCUGGAAGCGGAGUUUACUCCCUCACCUGGAAUGGCGAGAGCAAGAUCAACGCGAAAGCAUACCAGAAGUUCAACAGGGAGGAAAUGAGAAAAAAGGUCUGGGAUCAUACCAUGAAGUGUUUCGAGGUCGUUGAAGCAGGCAAGGUCUUUACGGAGUGAGGAGUGGAAACGGCAUCUCAUCGUGCAACGAGCUAUAUUGAACGUCGACGGACGUCGGUGUGUGUGUAUAUGGUGUAGAGAAAUGGGGACGUUUAAUUGUGAUGAUUACAACAAAACCCGAGAUUCUAGCCACGACCGGCUUGCAAUAACGUC